UGAGUAUAUAUCCGACGGCCCGUAAUAUACUGACGUGCCCAAGCAUAGCAUGCUCGGAGUGUGGAAGAAUUUUCCAGUAUGCAGAAAUUGGAAGUUAAAAUCGGCGAGUCUCUUCCUCCUCCUCCUCCUAACAGUGUGGACUCGCAAGUCUCUUUGGUCUUUUCUUUGGAUCUGAGAUUUCAAUUCAUUCUUGUCUUGUGUUUUUGUUUUGUUUCUGAAAGAGAAGAAAGUGAGAAGCAAAACAAUGGAGCAGAUUCGGUCUGCCAUGGAAGCUCACCUGGACCAAGUAGCAGAUCUCGUCCAGAAACUCUCCGCAGACUUCCGCUCUGGUCUUGGACCCGCUUUAGAUAACUUCAUUGGCUUUUUCCACGCUAUCGACUGGAAGGAGCCGUGGUUGAUGGGUUUGGUGGGACUCCACUUUCUGUUGUUGGUAAUAGCCAUUCUCUCCAGGAAGAAUCUUAACUUCCAAAUGCUUUUGUUCCUUACGGCCUUGGCUGGAGUUUAUCUUGCUGAGAGGUUCAAUGGUUUCCUGGGUCAGAACUGGAAGAGUUUCGCCAGCCAGAAUUACUUUGAUUCAAAUGGAGUUUUUUUGUCAGUACUUUGGUCUGGGCCUCUUCUCGUAAUUGCGAUUUUAAUUUUGAUAAACACGCUCUUUUCCUUAUGUCACCUGAUUGUCAAGUGGAAAAGAGCUGAGCUAAGACACCGUGCACGGCUUUCUCAGAAUAAGCAGGAUUGAGCGGAGUCCCAUGGUGGACAGCUGUCCAAUUGAACAUCGAGUUCUUUUCUUCUUUCACUUUCCUAGAUUCUUAUUUUUGGGUGGUGCUAUGGUUACAAUAUAGAUACUUGUUGGGUAGUAUUUCCCUUAUAGUUGUGAACGGUGUAAAUGACCAACUAAGUAAUGUGCUCAAGCUUCUAAUACCUUUAGUUUGUCUUUUGUAACAUUACUUCAUUGACGAGUUGAGUUUAUAUAUUUUUAUUUUUUUUAAUCCAUGUAUGUCUCUCUCUC